CGUCAGACUCACGAGUGGAAUGUGCACUUCCCGCUCGCUUUAAAGCAACUUUACAAAUCAGCCAGAGGAAGCACUGCAAAACACAGCUAUUGCAGCAAUGUCGUGCUCCCAGUCGUGAAGGAGAAUGAAGUAAGAGGCUCUCUGUUGUCUCUGGGAGGAAACCGCUGCCGAACUAACUCCAACUCAGACAGGGAUUAUGAGCAGCCCCCCUUACAGUACCGCCAACAGGAGACUUCAGGAAGAGAAUGCUCAGCUUCAGGCUCGCCUACAUUUUCUCGUAUAACCUGUUCCAGUUCUGUGGACACACAUGGAUACUGGCUAAUACCAUGGCCAGGUUUCUCACAUUUGGUCAAGAUGCCUUAGCAGACACAUUUUACUCUGUUGGCUUUGUGAUGAGUCUGUGCCAGCUGCUCUCCAUCCUGGAGCUUUUCCAUAUCGCAGAUGGGAUUGAGAAAGCCAGACUCCUGCCUCGCUUCGUCCAAGUCAUGGAGAAGAACCUCCUGCUGACCAUGGUCAUCAUGCUGGAGGAGAUCCAGAGUAAACCAGUGGUGUGUGCACAGUUCUUCUUGUGGAACAUUCUGGACCUCCUACGGUACCCACACGAGCUGCUAUGUGUCAUGGAUACCCCCUCCACCGCCAUGCUGUGGACUCGCUACACACUCUGGAUCCCCUUAUACAUCCUGUCAGUGGCCACUGAAGGUGUCACCAUAUACCAGGCCCUGCCUUAUGUUGAGCCAACCACACCAUCAGCACCAGCACACGUUGGCCUCCCCGUCAUCCUGAUGCUCUACCUGCCUGUUCUGGGACUGGGUAAGAUGAGUUAG